GAACCGCCCGAGGGACAAGUUUGUGUGCGGAAGUGGGAAGGCGAAGGAACAAAUGGAAGUCUGACAGUUCCUGGUUCCAGACGGCAGCGUGAGCACCGGGACAGACAGACAGAGGUUCGUCUGCAGACCCAGCGGGAGGAAUGACCGGACACGGAGCCGCUGGGAGGCCGGGUAGUCACCGGAGUGGACCCAGACCCCGGGCCGCCGUCCUGCUGUCGGUGCUGGGCUCCGCCGUGACCGUGGCCGCCGUCGGUUGUUUCUGCGCGCUCGUGUACCCCAUAAUCAAAGAGCUGAGAGCAGAGAGAGUGAGAGCAGAGGACGGGACGGAGCAGAGGAUGCUGGGUUUCUGGAGCAUCCUGGUGCUGUCAGUGUUAGUAGGAUGUAUCUGCUGUGUCUUCUCCUGGACGUUCUCCUACCUGGACUCCUACCAGCCCGGCAUGGUGUUCCCAACGCCGCUGAAACUGGCAGCCUUCAGAGGUGGAUCCGGCCGUGGCUUUCACAUGAGUUAUGGGGUGGCUGUUCUGAACGGCGUCAUGGCGAUGCUCACCGUCAUCUGGAGCCUCUCCUGAUACAAGAACAACGUCACCAGGUGGACGACAACUACGGAAAGACAUCCAAGACUUCCUCCAGUGAUGAAUUAAACAGAAAGUUUGGAAUGGAAAAGUGGUCAUUCUGUACGUUGGAUCUAUGUUUUACCAGCAAUCAGCAAACAAUUCAAAUGUAUUUACAGUAUAGAACAGGAGUGAGUACACCCCUGUGCUGGUUCAUUAGUACACUGUCUCCUCUGAUCAUCUGUUAACAGUAAAUAAAUUAAAAAGACAUUGCAGUGAAAGUAGAGACCUGUGAUCUCUGACACACAAGCUAACAGUCAACACAAAGUUACAAAGUUUGAUGAAAUGAGGCUCUUAAAAGGUGUUAGGGGGAUGAUAUUUAUAGAUGGCACCAUAAACGUCUGUCGAUAAACCAAAAUACUGCCUGACAAGAUCAGUCCCCGUCUGCAGAAGCUGGAAGAAGAGGAAUCCUCCAGGAUGGUGAGGAUUCAGAGCACUCUGAAUGUUUUCUGCUGUGAUAAAGAACAGACCAACAGCACAGAACUGAAGCAUGACGGCUCAGGAACGUGUUGAUUUUCACCUCAGGGUGUGAAACCGGCUGAAAGAAGAAUAUAGCAGACAGGCAGAGAUGGAAACUCAUUAGAGAUACACCACCGUUCAGAAGUCUGGGCUCACUGAGAAAUGUCCUUAUUGUUGAAAGAAAAGCAGUUUUUUCAAUGAAGAUACCAUUAAAUUUCAAGACAAAUUUCCCCAAGUGGGACAAUAAAGUGUAUUGUAUUGAAUUAAAUUGAAUUGAAUUGAAUUAAAUGAAUGAUAAAUCCAGUGUA